GAUACCUUUAUGCUAUGGCUGAGAAUGCCAAGAGGGCAGCCUGCAGCACCGAACGCUGACCAGUAGACGUGCCCACCCCAGCCGGGAGGUGCCGACUGAAGCCCAGCACCCAGGUAAGCAAGCACCAUGCGCCUCAACAGCUCGACCCCAGGAUCCCCCGGCCGGCAGACUGCUGACUCCUUCCUGCUGCCGUCGGGGCUGGACUUAGCGCUGCUGGACGCAACGCUGCUGGCCGCGGGUUUGGUCAACCGCACGGGCAACGUGUCAGAAAGCUUGGUAGCCACCCCUAGAGGAGAGCUGGACUUAAACACCCAGCACGUGAGGGCGACUUCCAGCAGCCACCUGGACGUGAACACUGACAUCUACUCCAAGGUGCUGGUGACAGCAGUGUACCUGGUUCUUUUUGUGGUGGGCACGGUGGGCAACGCAGUGACGGCCUUUACGCUGGCCCGCAAGAAGUCACUGCAGAACCUGCAGAGCACUGUGCACUACCACCUGGGCAGCCUAGCAGCCUCAGACCUGCUCAUCCUGCUGCUCGCCAUGCCCGUGGAGUUGUACAACUUCAUCUGGGUCCACCAUCCCUGGGCCUUCGGGGACGCCGUCUGCAGGGGAUACUACUUCCUGCGGGAUGCCUGCACCUAUGCCACCGCCCUCAACGUAGCCAGCCUGAGUGUGGAGCGCUACCUGGCCAUCUGCCAUCCCUUCAAAGCUAAGACCCUCAUGUCCCGCAGCCGCACCAAGAAGUUCAUCAGCGCCAUCUGGCUGGCCUCAGGCCUACUGGCUGUGCCCAUGCUCUUCACCAUGGGCCAGCAGAACCAAAGCGAUGACGGCCAGCACCCUGGGGGCCUGGUGUGCACGCCCAUCGUGGGCACUGCCACCAUCAAGAUCGUCAUCCAGAUCAACACCUUUAUGUCUUUUGUGUUCCCCAUGGUGGUCAUCUCUGUCCUGAACACCAUCAUCGCCAAUAAGCUGACUGUCAUGGUCCGUCAGGCAGCCGAGCAGGGCCAAGUGUGCACAGUUGGGGAUCAGCACAAUUCCUUCAACAUGUCCAUUGAGCCCAGCAGAGUCCAGGCACUGCGGCAUGGUGUCCAUGUCUUACGUGCAGUGGUCGUGGCCUUUGUCGUCUGUUUGCUGCCCUACCAUGUGCGGCGCCUUAUGUUCUGCUACAUUUCAGAAAAUCACUGGACCACGUUCCUCUACGACUUCUACCACUACUUCUACAUGCUGACCAACGUCCUCUUCUACGUCAGCUCCACCGUCAACCCCAUCCUCUACAACCUCGUCUCCGCCAACUUCCGCCAGAUCUUCCUGUCCACCCUGGUCUGCCUCUGUCCACUGUGGGGGCGCAGAAGGAGGAAGCCCACCUUCUCCAGGAAGACCAACAGCGUGUCCAGCAACCACACCUUCUCCAGCAACGUCACCCGAGAAACCCUCUAUUAGGGCCGGGUGGGGGCUGCAGGGUCAGAGAGGGGCAGGAAUGGGGUGGAGAGAAAGCAAGGAGGGUAGGGAGGACCUUUAAGUCCCAGUCCUUAGCUGCAAUCUCAAUCUGGAGCUGGAAGGAGCUUGAUCAGAGGCCACAACAUUCUUGAGGCCUGGGAUCUGGCCUCCAAUCCCAGAGACCCCCAUUUCCUUUCAGCUUCUCCACAACUCCUCCCUUCACCUCUCCCUCCUCACCCCCACCCCUUCUUCCUUGCCUCAGCCCAGCCCUGCCUCCUUACCUCUUUGAAAGUCAAGAAAAAAAGCAUUUCUCUCCCAGUUAUGAAAGGGCCUUUACUAAGUAAGGAGAGAUGGGUACUGGAGGAAAAGCCAUUUUGAUCCUAGACUAAUGGGUAUUGAGAGAAGAGACCCAAGGAGCUGGCAAGCUGGGCCUAGGCUCCCUGAUCACAGUGGCAGCCCAGGUACAGCGGGAGCCCCUACCUCUCCAGGGUAUGGUCAAAGGGUAAUGAAGGAUUCAGUCUGUUGACUAGAUGGGCCUCCCCCUCCUCUUUGCAAUCCGUUCUGUAGAGACAUGAGGCUGGACAUGCAACCCUCCAUGCUGGUCUCUCAGAUCCACUCACCUACCCGCCCCCACACCCUAUCAUUUAGGCCAAGUUCAGUCCCACUUGAGCCACUUCCAGGCAGCCCUUCCCACCAAGACACCCCUCCCUGGGCCCAGGGCCUGGAUAGGUGAGGUGGAGCUGUGGACAACGGCCUUC